AUGAACAUCCACCUGCCAUCCGAAAUAUGGCUACACAUUGGAGAAGAAAUAACGCAACAACGUCAGCAUACACUCCGCAGCCUAGCGGAAACAUGUCGCUCUUUCCACGCCAUCUUCACCCCGCUGUUCCUCGCCUCCCUCCGCUUCACUAAAUUCGAGAGGAUUUCCUCCCCGGAGUUCGGCAAGUGCGCCCCACUACGCAGCCUUCUGCAUGUGAGGACGCUGAAGAUCUACGCGGGAUGCACCUAUGCCGAAGCGUUUGAGCCGGAGGAGGAAGCGGUGCUUUAUGCGCGGUUUCAUCGGAAUCUGAUCCGUUGCUUGGAGAAUAUGCCGAAUCUUGCCUCGUUUACGGUUGGACUGCCGGGUCCGUGGAAGACGACUCAGGAAGACGACGAUGGGGUCUCCUUCCUGCCAUUGUUCUCCAACCUUCUCCAGACUCUGCAAUCGUCCUGUACGAGGCUUCAAACAUUAGUCCUCUCCGUUGGCGACCUUCCGGCGCUGGAUAGUUCCCAGUGGCUGCUAUUCGCGUCGCAGUCGGACAUGCAUCGCCUGGUCGCGUUUCAAAACCUCGCAUCCCUCUCUGUCGCCGGCGGGUUUCUCCUUCCGGACAGCACGGAUGCUGUGGUCUCGACUCUGCUCGCAUCCCCUGGGCUCAGAGACCUGAGCUUGGAACAAUACAGCGUGCCGCUGCUCAACGUAUGCACCCAGUACGCCGACGCCGGUGGUAAACCGCUGGCCCUCAGGCGGCUAAAAUACCGAACAAUGCAUCUGCGCGAGCUGGAUGCCUGGCCGCACCUGCAUAGAUUGACGGACCUUGGUCGGCUAGAAACAAUGGAGCUGGAGACAGGCCGUGACAGUACAAGCAUGGCCGGUAUCCCCUUCACCCCUCCCAGGACGAUACAUGUGGCCCUUACAGAUCCAGAUCAGUUCAGGUCGCUGCGGCGGCUUGCAGUGGACUUUCUCGACGACGCAUUGAUAGCGGCCCUUCGCAGAGUCGGCCAACGUCUGCACUUCCCGCCCUGGUUUCUCAGCGAGCUCUUCUUCGAGACGUACGACUCCCACGGGGCCAUCAAGGACGGGUUCCUCUUCCAUCCUGAGAAGGUCAAGUACUGGCCAACUUGCUUUGUCCUGGGAUCGAACGUCGGAAAGGCGAACACGGCGGUCUUUCGGCAGCGUCUUGCGCUUGAGGUGAGCCACUGGAAGGCCCUACGACUGCUGCAUCUGCAAUUGGAUAUGAAGGCGGAAAAGUCCCGCCUCCUCGCCCUCACCAACUCGCUGAACACGAAUCUCCGCGAGCUAUACAUUUCAGACGACAUCAGAGCACACAAGCACUAUCCCUUUGCUGAGGAUCUCAACUAUGGAUCCGAUUUUGACUUUGCGAUGAAGUUGUGCGUCAACUCCAAGAUAGCGUAUCUGGUGCUGUUCGAUUCUUACUUUCGAGUGGUGCGCGGAGGCGGCAAUGAUGCCCAGUCCGUUCAGUUGGAGUAUGUUGAUUUACGCUCGUCGGAGGCUGAGGAGGCGGAGAUCUUCAUGUUGUAUCGGGAGAGGACGGAGGUCUGA